AUGGAGAGAAUAGAUCUAUCCUCUUACGCCAGCGAGAUCAAAAAGGCGUACAAUGAUGUCGUUUCAGGAGAUAAAGCAUAUGCCAUUUUUACCACGCAGAAAGAUUCUGCUUUGAAGCCAACUUCUGUUUCAGAUGGCGACAUUAAAGAUUUUGUCAGCGAAUUCGAGGAGGGUUCCGUUCAAUUCGGUAUUCUCAAAGUCAGUCCAUACGGUUCGGAUGUCAACAAGAUCGUUUUACUCGGUUGGUGUCCGGAUUCUGCCCCCUUGAAGUCCAGAAUUUCCUAUGCAACCAAUUUCGCAGAUGUUGGAAAGGUUCUCAGCUACCAUGUGGACAUUACAGCACGUGACUUUGAUGACCUUGAUGUUGAUGACAUUAUACAGACGGUGAGCAAGGCCUCCGGUGCUAGAUAUUCAAUCCAGAGUCUUCCAAAGCCUAAAGUUACCAAGUUUAGACCUUCAUCUAAGGCCUCUCCAACACCUUCAGCUUCCUCUACACGUCCAGCCGCUUUUAAGGCUCCUUCUCCAAGUCAAAAGCCUGUAAAGCCAGCCGCUAAAGAAGCGGAUGCCGAUGAGUGGGGUGGAGAGGGUGAGAUUGAAGUUCGGGAUCUCCAAAAAGAGCCACUUACUGAACUUCCAUCUGCCUACAAGCGAACCGAGGUUGAUAUUGAUGCUUUAAGGGGCAAGAAGGCUGCUCCAAAGCCAACUCCUAAGGCUGCACCAAGGCCAAUUCAAGCUUCAUCAAAGCCAACACAACCUUCAUUCAAGCCAACUCCUAAAAUCACUCCAAAGCCAUCGCAAGCUUCAUUAAAGCCAACUCAAGCUCCAUUUGAACCGGUUUCCAAGCCAUUGGCAAAGCCCUCUUUACCUGAAAAGAGCAUUCCGGCACGUGAUGUCACAUCUUCACAUCCUGUCAAAGAGUCUAAGAAGCCAGCUGCAACUCCUGUUGGAAGUUUGACAAUAAAUCUAGAAGGUGGUUUAAGUUCCUUGCCAAAGCCAAAGACUUCAAAGUCCGUUUUGUCGAGAUUCCAGCAGAAUGUUGUUACUCCAGCUUUUGGUGCAAGGCCGCAGUCUUUCGACUCUGACUUGCCAGGCGGAGAUGAUGACCACAAGAUUUCUGGUCUCAAAGAUUACGGAUCUGAAAGUGGUCUAACGCCAGCCCAGCUUUGGGCUAAGAAGAAGGGUAAGUUUAGAGAGGUACCAAAAGCGGAAAAGCCUGUUAAUGCUGCUGAGGAAGAGCCGACACCUGCUCCAGUCUCAGAUGUUAAGAGUAAAUUUGAAAAAAUGAGCAUUUCGGAAAAGACUCCCGAGGAGAAACCGGCUCCAACCCAGUCGUUGUUUGAUAAAUUCAAGAGUACUGCACCUGCACAGCCUAUUCUUCCUUUGAAGCAUGAGCCAAUUAAGGGUGAGCUUCCAAAGGAUGAGCCUGAAGAGGUUGAAGAACUUCAGGAACCUAAGGAACCUGAAAUUCCUCAAAGAGCUGAACCUGAAAUUCCUCAAGAAUCUGAAACAACUCAAAGAUCUAAACCUGAAACACCUGAAGAACCACCUAAACAACAAAAUGAAUCUACAGAGGCUGCUCCUGAGCCAGCUGUUGAAACCCAUAAGGGUGCACAUACAGCAAUUGCUGAGUACGAUUAUGAAAAGGAUGAGGAUAACGAGAUUUCCUUCAAAGAAGGAGAGAAGAUUGUUGGAAUCGAGAUGGUUGACAAGGAUUGGUGGCUGGGAUCGAAUGCAAAAGGAGAGUCUGGGCUUUUCCCAGCUACUUAUGUGAAACUUGAUGAAUCCAAUGAAUCUGCUCAGCCUGAACCUGAAGAAAAUUCAACUGCCGAAGCUGAGGCACCUGUAGAAACUCCAAAUGAAACUGCAUCUGGUCCAUCUGCAGUUGCAGAGUAUGAUUACGAUGCUGCUGAAAGUAACGAGCUGACAUUCAGAGAAGGGGAUGUGAUUGAAAAUAUAGAUAAGGUGGAUCCUGAUUGGUGGUUAGGAACGUUCAAGGGUGAGAGAAAGCUUUUCCCUGCAAACUAUGUUUCACUUAGGGAAUGA